CUCCCCUAAGAGGACACGUCUCACCUGCGUAGACAGCUGUUGGUCGUCGACAUGCAGUGUGCUGGUUGAGCUGUUCAGAAAGAGCUCAGUGGAGAGGGAACCAACGGAGCACCCAGAGCAGACACAACCGAAACAUACCAACACGCCUGAGUAACAAUGAGUGAACUUUUGAGAGGGACCUCGCCCCCGGAGCUGAGCCUUAUUCUCCUGGGGAACCUCGGGUGUGGAAAGACGUCCUCGGCAGACACCCUCCUGGGCCAGCUGUCCCUCAGCUCCCCCAACGCCUACAGGAGCUGCCAGCUGCGACAGGGCACCACCGAGGACAGGAGCGUGGCGGUGGUGGAGGCGCCGAGAUGGUACUGGAGCGGCAGCAAGAUGGAGGACAGCGUGAGGAAGGAGACGCAGCGAGCGAUGACGCUGGUCCCAUCAGGCCCACAUGCCAUUCUGCUGCUGGUGCCUGUGAACCAAUUCACAGAGAUUGAGUGUCUUGUGCCUGCAGAGCUGGAGGAGACGUUUGGGGAGGAGGCGCUGGAUCACACCAUCGUCCUGCUGACCUGUGGGGACUAUUUGAUAGGAAAAACAGUGGAGGAAUACCUGCAGACAGAACACCAAGGUCUGAGGAAGAUGAUCGCGCUCUGCGGGGGGAGGUACCACGUCUUCAAUAACCGCCAGCGACAGAACAGGGAGCAGGUCAGCGAGCUGCUGGAGAAGGUGGACAAUAUGGUGAAAACAAAUGGUGUUUUCUAUAUGAAAACUGCCCAGGAGAGAGAGAUGGCUCAAAGAGUGAAGGAAAGAAAGCAAGAACUUCUGGCAAGUUCCAGAUCUCAAAAGUAUGAGAGAAGAGAGACCGUCACUUCAACGCACAUCCCAGACACGGAGACACUGAGGAGUGAGGAGUACAGCGCCACCUCGGAGAGGCAAGAGAGGCAAGAGAGGCAAGAGAGGCAAGAGAGGCAAGAGAGGCAAGAGAGGCAAGAGAGGCAAGAGAGGCAAGAGAGGCAAGAGAGGCAAGAGAGGCAAGAGAGGGAAGAGAGGCAAGAGAGGGAAGAGAGGGAAGAGAGGGAAGAGAGGGAAGAGAGGGAAGAGAUGCUAGAGAGGCAAGAGAGGGAAGAGAGGGAAGAGAGGGAAGAGAUGCUAAAGAGGCAAGAGAGGCAAGCGAGGGAAGAGAGGGAAAAGAGGCAAGAGAUGCUAAAGAGGCAAGAGAGGCAAGCGAGGGAAGAGGGGGAAAAGAGGCAAGAGAGGGAAGAGAGGCAAGAGAUGCUAAAGAGGGAAGAGAGAGAAGAGAGGCAAGAGAUGCUAAAGAGGGAAGAGAGAGAAGAGAGAGAAGAGAGGCAAGAGAUGCUAGAGAGGGAAGAGAGGGAAGAGAGGCAAGAGAUGCUAAAGAGGCAAGAGAGGCAAGCGAGGGAAGAGAGGGAAAAGAGGCAAGAGAGGCAAGAGAGGCAAGAGAUGCUAAAGAGGCAAGAGAGGCAAGAGGGGGAAAAGAGGCAAGAGAUGCUAAAGAGGGAAGAGAGGGAAGAGAGGGAGGAGAUGGAUGGAAGUGUGGGUGUGAGCCAGAGAUUCAAUGGACUACAUUCAAGUCCAGCACCAGAGCCACAAAAUGACAGGCCGGCCAGCAGGCCGAACAGUUUCAGACUGAAUGCAGAUGGAGCUAUACUCUCACAAAUGUCUGAAGUUAAAUCGACUCCAAAAGUGAUCACAACUUUUCACCACAGAAUGAACAGCUUCGAAGAGAGAUCCCCCGAGGCGUCUCCUACCUCCUCUCCUCCUUCACCCGUCUUUUCCUCCUCCUCGUCGCCGACCUUCGACCCCUCUCCCGCCUUGUUCCCCUCACCCGCCUCUCCUUCCUCAUUCGCCGAAUCGCCCUCGCCUUCGUCCUCUCCGGAGCUGCGCCUGGUGCUGCUCGGGCGAUCUGGAGCGGGGAAGAGUGCCGCUGGCAACAACAUACUGGGGCGGGAGGGGUUUGAAUCCCGGCCGGACAGCCUCAGCGCCAUCACUCAGGAGUGUGAGAAAAAGAAAGCGCUGUUUGAAGGAAGACGGGUGGCGGUGGUGGAUACCCCAGACUGGUUCAACUCAGAGAAAACUCCAGAUGAGGUGCGAGCUCAGAUCUCCUCCUGCGUGGCGUUGUCCAGUCCUGGUCCACACGCCUUCCUCCUGUGCGUCCCCUUAGACCAGCCUGCAAAGACCGAGCUGCAGUCCCUCGAGGCCCUCGAGGCCGUCUUUGGCCCCGAGGCGGUCCAGAGACACACUCUGCUGCUCUUCACUUUCGCAGAUAAACUGAGGGAGAGCAAGAAGGCGGGGAACGACGGCGUGGAGGCGUACAUUGCCGGUCAGCGGGUGGAUUUGUUGAACCUCGUGGAGAAAUGCGGGGACAGGUUUCAUGUGCUGGAGCAGGGAGGAGGUGGGGGGGGCGACGGCAGGAGUGUGGCAGAGCUGCUGGAGAAGGUGGAUCAGAUGGUGAAGGAAAGUGGAGGACAGUGCUACUGCCAUCCUGCCUUUCAGGAGGCGGAGAACAAAGUGAGGCAGAGGCAGGUAGAGAUAGCGAUGGAGAGACGGAGGAGCAAACAAGAGCCAGAGAGGCAGCUCAGCGCUAAAAGGCGGGCGCUUUAUCCCUACAUGCAGCCUCUGGCUGAGGAAGUGAGAGAGGAUGAGAUUGAGCAAACCAGGAAUGAGGCGGAGAUGAGUGUAAGAACGAUGAACAUCGAGAGCCUUCCUGCCAUGACACGUGCCACCUUGUCCCCUUCACUUCUCCACUCCGUCAUGGAGAGAAUUAAGUCGAGCGCCAACAUGGUACCCCAACUGUUGGCGGAUAGCUCUGUGUGGGUCGGCGAGGGAGCAAAGAAGGUGCAGGGUAGUCCUGUUUGGGGGACAGUCGGCGCCGGAGCACAAAGCGCCCACAAGAAGCUUGUUGAAAGUGCCGUGUGGGGGAAGGUGGGCGAGGGCGCCGGACAUGUGUCCAAACUGGUAGGAGCUCGAGUUCCCAAGGUGCUGGUGGACGGUUCUGCGUGGGUGGGCUCUGGAGCAAAGUCAGUCGCGGCGAGUCCAAUGUGGGGGAAAGUGGGAUCGGGGGCCACAGUCGUGGCGGACAGGUCCAAGCGUGUCGGAGCUGAGAUUGGAGCCGGGGCAAAGAAUUUGGCGCAGAGUCCCAUGUGGGGAAAAGUGGGAUCCGGGGCCAAAACUGGAGCUAAACUGAUGGCUGAAGGCUCUGUGCGACUUGGGGCCGGCAUCGGUGCCGGUGCAAAGAAGGCGGCGCAGAGUCCAGUGUGGGGGCAAGUUGGUGCCGGGGCCAAAGCAGGGGCCAAAAUGGUGGCGAACAGCUCUGUGUGGGAGAAAAUUGGAACUACUGCAAAACAAGUGCCCAUGGAAGUGAUCGGGGGCGCACUGCUGGGUCUGGUGCUCGGCGUGGUUUUGUUGGGGGUGAUCGGCGGAGCUAUCGGGGCCGCCGCCGGGUCUGUGGGAGCCGCGGCGUUCAGAUGGAAAUACGGCGACAAAAGCUUGAUAAAAAAGAGGCAAACUGCAGCAAAGACCUUGGAGGGAACAGUAAACGACAGCAUGGACUCUCUGGCGGUACAAGGACAGAAAAUAUUGAAAACGGAAUGAUCGAAAACUGAACAGAUCGUUUAAAAUGUUUAACGAAUGUGAAAACUCAGUGGCACAUAUGGUUUCGUUUUUAUUCUGAUAGAUUGAUAAUCUUUGUUCCCUUCUCUUCACCAAUAUGCCACACGUUAAUUUCAAACUUCAAUAUCAUUCUAUUAUCUGCUUAAGUUUCCUUCCAGCGUCUAAUGAAUGAGGAUGACUUUUUUACUUUUUUUUUUAAAAGGCGAAGGUUACUCGCACUAAACUUGUUUCAAUCAAAUGUGUGAGUGAAAAGGAUACGGUUUGUCUUUUCUCGAUGUGUCAAAUAAUAAAAAUAAAAUGUAUCUUCA